GAUCUGCUGUUAAUGGCUUCUGCUUCGUUGUCUCUUACUUUUUAGUUAUUUGAUUUUAUUUUGCAAGUUCAAUUAUUUUCAUUCACAUUCAGUAUGAAAAAUUUAAUUCGAGUCGAGUUUGGUAAGAUCAGACUCAAUUAUAUGACAAAUUUAAUAUAUUUAAUUUAAGAAAAAAAGUAAUCAAUCAACAAUUCCUAUGCAAUUAGCUUAAUUCCACCAAAUAUGAUUUGAAUAAAAGAUUUUCAGCGUUACACCACAAUUUUGAAUCAAUUUAGGACAAUAUUAUUGAUUUUCUCAAAAGAAUUUUUGUUUUAAAAAUAGUAGUUGCAGAAAAUGAAAAGGUAAGUUAACAAAUGAGCCCAAGACUGAUGUUCUUGUCUUCUUCAACUUUUCAAUCGUCGGUUGCUCGCUCUGUCCUGCGCCCUGCACCUUCGUUUCUUUCCAAUUCCCACCACCACCAUCACUUCCUCACCAAACGUACUUCCAUUCUAAGCAACACUCUCCUCGUUAAGUCAACCCGUACUACACUUACAGCGUCGGCUUCAGUUUCAUCCAUGGCUUCCUCUUUCUACCCAGAAAAAGCUCGAGUGCCUCCGGCCGCACAGCCUCCGGCUCCUCCAAUCACCAAGUUUAAGAUUGGGUUGUGCCAAUUGAAAGUGACUGCUGACAAGGAAAGAAACAUUCUGCAUGCUCGCACUGCAGUGGAGGAGGCUGCAGAGAAGGGGGCGAAGCUUGUAGUAUUGCCUGAAAUAUGGAACAGCCCAUAUUCAAAUGACAGCUUUUCGGUAUACGCUGAGGAUAUUGAUGCUGGUUUUGAUGCGUCUCCAUCGACAGCAAUGUUGUCUGAAGUUGCUCGUCUUCUGAACAUCACAAUAGUUGGAGGAUCAAUACCUGAACGAAGUGGGGAUAAGCUGUACAAUACCUGUUGUGUGUUUGGACCUGAUGGAAAGCUGAAAGCUAAACACCGUAAGAUACACCUUUUUGAUAUCGACAUUCCUGGGAAAAUUACCUUCAAGGAAUCUAAGACUCUUACAGCUGGGGAGACUCCCACGACAGUAGAUACAGAGGUUGGCCGAAUUGGAAUAGGUAUCUGCUAUGACAUUAGAUUUCAGGAACUGGCAAUGCUUUACGCAGCAAGAGGUGCUCAAUUGAUUUGCUAUCCUGGAGCAUUCAACAUGACUACAGGACCUUUGCACUGGGAGUUACUGCAAAGGGCAAGGGCUGUGGACAAUCAGCUAUAUGUAGCAACUUGUUCACCUGCUCGAGACACUACUGCUGGAUACAUUGCUUGGGGUCAUUCCACACUUGUCGGUCCUUUUGGAGAAGUGCUGGCGACCUCUGAACACGAUGAGGCAAUAAUCAUCUCAGAGAUUGACUAUUCACAGAUUGAGCUAAGGAGAACAAACCUCCCACUAGAGAAGCAGAGGCGAGGGGAUGUCUACCAGUUGGUAGAUGUCCAGAGGCUGGAUUCUGAAUGAAUGCACUGAAGGAGAAGUGGAAGAUACCAAACGAUGGAUGCAAUUUAGUGUCGCCGUUAGAGUAUUGCUGCUAAGAAUACAGUUUAAGGCACAUCCUGCACUGAAAGACAAUUCUUGAUCUAAUGUCAAAAUCCAUAUUGUAGCAUAAAUAAGUUUUCGUCUUAUUACCAUUGUGAGUUGAAGAAACAAAGGAGUAGAAAACAUUAGACAUGUAAUUUUCGAACAUCCAAGCCAUUCAUGGUUUGCAUUUCUGUCGUA